UGUGUGUGAAAAUCCUGUCACUUUACCCAACACAGAGAGCACUCCUCAGUACUUACUCUUUCACACUCACACAACAUACGUACAUUUCUGUGUUUUUAUCUUCUCUCCCUCUGCACCAUUCUUCAUCCCCAGCCUCUGUUAUCCUCAUCUUAUCAUGUCUGCUUUUGUGUUUGCACUCCUCAUUUUGGCCAUGGCCGGCCACUCAAAUGCUGCGUGGUGCGCUUGCAAAGGAUUGAGUGAUGCAGCUUUGCAAAAAACCCUGGACUAUGCUUGUGGAGCCGGGGCGGAUUGCACCCCGGUCCAUACAAACGGACCUUGCUUUAACCCGAAUACCGUAAGAGCUCACUGCAAUUUUGCUGUCAACAGCUAUUUCCAGAGGAAGGGCCAAGCUGCCGGAUCAUGUGAUUUUUCUGGCACCGCCACUGUUACUGCAACUGACCCCAGCACAGCUGGCUGUGUUUAUCCUGCUACUGCAAGUGGCACCAUUCCUACGACUACGGGCACCACCACACAAACACCAUCCACCACUACAACCAACACGGGUGGAUCUCCUUACGUGACAAAUCCGGGUGUAUUAGGAGGCGUCAACAACGGUUUAGGCCCGUCGGGUGCUGGCAUGAACACAGAUAUAAGCCAUGGUGGAAUUUCACUGCAACAGGGCAACCUGUUUUUCUCUAUGACCAUUACUAUUAUUAUUUCUUCACUUGCAUUAUUGUGAGCUAAAUAAGAGAAGAAGUUCCACUGUUUGUGUACUAGAAGGUUAGUUGCUAGGACUUAUGUUAAAAUUGUAUGGGCAGAAAUUGGCAUAUGCCUAUAUAUGCAUGUGAUGCUAUUACUAUAAUUGUUGGAAUUUGUUUUUCCUUCACAUCUAUUUUGAUGUCUAAAGAUAGUUUUUUGAGUCCAA